AGCCGCCACAGACAGAACCAAUUGAGGAAACCACACAUCAUCCCCCAGGGAUGGGAGAGGGAACUCUCAAUCGGCUCUGCUGACUGGAAAAAAUUCUGGAAACAACUCAACAAAGUCAAACUCAAACAUCCCGAAGGGGCGGAAGAACUUCACCGUGUUACCGUGGCACGAUGUCCCAAGUUAAAACGGUGACGGUGCGCCAAAACAACACUACUAUUCUAGCACAGAGCAGGCGAAGCAGGGCCAUGCAAAUCCAAUCCACGAAUGAUAAUGCGGAGCAUGUCGAUUCCAGGCGUGUUGCAUGCUUGACAGAAAUGUCCAGUGCAGCCACUGAUUAUCGCCUACUCCAACACAUGUACUCAGAAUGUAAAGUAUCACGUCAAAUCUGGGAAGAAAUAUCACGUGAGAAUCUCAAUUUACUGAUAAAGCUAUUAGUUGCAAACUCGACAUUGUCAAUCCUACAAUAUUUAAAUGUAAAUCGUUACCUCCAAGUAAUUCAUCGUUUCUUUCGGGAACGACGACAGACCUCAACAGCGUUAAGGACCCCCUUAACGUCUCGCGAUAUCACUGCUUGGGUUACGUUCUUUAAAUCAACAAUUAGAUAAAAUAAUAUGAACAAUAAACUGUGAGAGGUUUUCAAAGUCAACACUUUUUCCUCUCACUCAAUAACGUUUAUUAUAUGGCAACUAUGAAAUGAAUAUACAGAAGGAGGUUAUAUAGCCAAUAUAACCAACGAUUAUAUAGACAAAUUAUAGGAUAAUAAACAUCGAAUGAAGUAAAAAAAAAAAAAAAAAAAAAAAAAAAAAAAAAA